AUGCAUACGCAGAGGGUGAGCGGCGAGCAGGCGGGGCCGGCGCUGCCGUGCGAGAUCGCGGCGGACGACAUGCCGGCGGCGAGGAACGGGCACUACAGGCCGGGCAAGGCGGUGACGGCGUCGGUGUACCGGGCCAAGGUGGCGGGCCACUCGCGGGUGGUGACGGUGUCAUGGUCGCGGGACCUGCUGUCGCACGCCUUCGCGGUGGCCAUCUCCGGCGCGGACGGCGCGUCGGCGGAGUGCCGGGUGGACCUGCGGCCGUGGCAGUUCUGGCGGCGCGCGGGGUCCCGGCGCGUGGAGCUCGGCGGGGCCACGGUGCGCGUGCUCUGGGACCUGCGCCGCGCGCGCUGGCACGGCGCCGGCGCGGGCCUCCCGGACCCGCGCGGCGGGUACUACGUCGCCGUGGAGGCCGGCGGCGAGGUGGCGCUGGUGCUCGGCGACCUCCGCAAGGCGGCGCUCCGGCGCGCGUCGCCCAGCGCCCCGCCCGCACUCGCGGCGGUCCCCGUGGCGCGCAGGGAGCACGUGUUCGGCCGGCGCCGGUUCGCGGCCAAGGCGCGGUUCCACGACCAGGGCGCCGUCCACGACGUGGCCAUCGACGUCGGCGGCGAGGACGACAUGGAGAUGGCCAUCGCCAUCGACGGCGAGGAGGCGGUCGCCGUCAAGCACCUGCAGUGGAAGUUCCGGGGCAACCAGUCCGUCACCUUCGGCCGGGCCAAGGUGGAGGUGUACUGGGACGUGCACGACUGGCUCUUCGCGGGCGCCGCCGGCGGCGCCCGCCCGGCGCUCUUCAUCUUCCGGCCCAUCGUGCUGUCCAGCGCGUCCGUGGGGGCCUCCACGCCGCUGCUCGCCGGCGUCGACGGCGCCGCGGGCGCCACCGGGUUCUGCCUCUACCUCUACGCAUGGAAGCUCGACUGA